UAUUAUAUUAUAUUAUAUUAUAUUAUAUUCAUCCAUCUCUAAAAGAAGAAGCGGCAGAAGCGCCAUGCUACCCGAAUUGCAACGUCGUCGUUUAAUUUACAAGACCCUGCUUCUUUCUGCUUCUGCACCGCCUCUCCCGUCUUUAAAUUCUUCGCCUGGAAAAAUCAGUGCCGUCGAGUAAGUGGCCCCCAAAUCUCUCCUAUUUCUUUAUGGAUCUCUCUUCUGUAAUCCCUAAUACCCUAAUUUAAUUUUUGUUUUUUUCUUUCGUUUUUUUUUGUUCUUCUUCGUCAUCACCACUUGAAAACCCUAAUAAAUCCCUAAAUCAAAUUUAUUCUUCACAUUAUUGAAAUCUUGGAUCGGCAUUUCUGUUUUCUUUUUAUAUUCUUGACUUCGCAGCUGAGUCAACUCAUUGACCCACUCACCAGGUCAUCCCAUUCACGUUAGUUUCUCCAUUUCCAUACUCUACUUGUUUUAGCUGUUAGCAUCCGGUUUUCAACUGAGUUAACUCAUUGGCUGUCUCAGUGAGUUGUUGUUCAAAGAAAUUUUGUUGGAAAAUUCGAGAUUUUGAAGUCGUGGUUAGGUACUGAAAAGAGGGAUGGGAAAAAUGGAGGGUAGCAAAGGUUCUGGUGGAAUUGGUGGGGAUAAUGGGAGCUCCAGCGAGGGUCGGCCUCCGAACCCUCUCGCACCGUGUCGACAGUGUUUUGGCCUCGAUAAUAGUCCCGUUUCCUGUAAGAAGACGCUUGUUCGGCACCAGUCCCUUACAAGGACAUCAGAUAUAUCUGUUGAACCUGAACUUGGUGCAGAAAAUCAGGACACAGAUUUCAUUCCAAUUGUACGUUCUGGAGCAUGUGAGGACAUUGGUUUUCGCCCAAGCAUGGAAGAUGUGUAUAUAUGCAUUGACAAUUUUAUGAGUGACCGUGGCCUUGAUAAUGUUGUCAAUGGGCCCAAUGCCUUCUACGGGGUGUUUGAUGGACAUGGAGGGAAACAUGCGGCUGACUUUGCAUGCUACCAUUUACCAAAAUUCAUUGUCGAGGAUGAAGAAUUCCCAAGUGAGGUUGAGAGGGUUGUUGCUUCUGCAUUUCUACAAACUGAUGCUGCUUUUGCAGAGGCUUGCUCCCGGUAUGCAGCCCUUGCUUCUGGCACCACAGCACUGGCAGCUCUUGUUAUUGGGAGGUUGUUGGUGGUGGCAAAUGUUGGAGACUGCCGAGCAGUGUUGUGUCGUCUUGGCAAAGCAAUUGAAAUGUCUAGAGAUCACAAACCAAUUUGCAGCAAAGAGAGGAAGCGUAUCGAGGCAUCAGGGGGGCAUGUUUAUGAUGGUUACCUCAAUGGUCUACUUAAUGUGGCUCGCGCUAUAGGAGACUGGCAUAUGGAAGGAAUGAAAGGCACAGAUGGUGGGCCACUUAGUGCAGAACCAGAGCUUAUGACUAUUCAACUGACAGCAGAGGAUGAAUUCCUCAUUAUAGGUUGUGAUGGGCUCUGGGAUGUGUUUAGGAGCCAAAAUGCUGUGGAUUUUGCCAGGCGGAGGCUUCAGGAGCACAAUGACCCCAUCCUGUGUAGCAAAGAUCUGGUUGAUGAAGCUUUGAAGAGGAAGAGUGGGGACAAUUUAGCUGUUGUUGUGGUGUGCUUCAGAUCUGGGCCUCCCCCUAACUUGGUUGCCCCACGCUCGAGAGUGCAUAGGAGCUUCUCUGCUGAGGGUUUAAGGGAGUUGCAAAGCUUCUUGGAUAGCUUGGCAAAUUGAGAUGGUGAUGAAUGCUCCUUUUCAGUUUCUUAUUUCUUUCUUUUUGUUGUCCAAUUUAAAGUUUUAGUUGUAGUUUUAGAUAUUGAGAGAGUUGAGGUCGACUGUAACAUAUGCGGCAGCAAGUUGGUAGCAUAAUUUGUUGCUUUGCUAGGAGUUCAAUUUGUCUUGAUUUUAGGCUUUUUGGGUUUUGUAUGAGCUCAGAUAUUUUAAACGGAAUUAGUUAUUCCAUGGAGAUAGUUCAAUGUGCUGGAUUUAAUUAACCAUGCUUAUUCUAUUUAGGCAUGAAAUUACUAUUAUCUGUAUCAAAGGAUUCAAAGCAUUGCGCCC